GGUGGGCCGGUGGAAAUCUUGCCGUUCCUCUACUUGGGCAGCGCUUACCAUGCCUCCCGAAAAGACAUGCUGGAUGCUUUGGGGAUCACUGCGUUAAUCAACGUCUCGGCAAACUGCCCCAACCACUUUGAGGGGCACUAUCAGUAUAAAAGUAUCCCCGUGGAGGACAACCACAAGGCAGAUAUCAGCUCCUGGUUUAAUGAGGCAAUUGAUUUCAUAGACUCUGUUAAAAAUGAUGGCGGAAGGGUAUUUGUGCACUGCCAGGCUGGCAUUUCCCGAUCAGCAACCAUAUGUCUUGCUUAUCUCAUGAGGACCAACAGAGUCAAACUGGAUGAAGCCUUUGAGUUUGUGAAGCAGAGAAGAAGCAUCAUCUCCCCAAACUUCAGCUUCAUGGGGCAGCUGCUUCAGUUUGAGUCGCAGGUCCUCGCCCCCAACUGCUCGGCAGAAGCUGGGAGCCCUGCCAUGUCAGUAUUGGACAGAGGAGCAUCGACUACCACGGUCUUUAACUUUCCAGUCUCCAUCCCUGUUCACACGUCGUCCAGUGCGUUAAGCUACCUUCAGAGCCCCAUCACCACUUCCCCAAGCUGCUGAAAACCAGGUGAAAAUAUGGUC